AUGCAGAGCACCACCGCCGACUCCAAGGAGUCUUCCACAAAUUUACCCAAGACACAGAAUCCCGUUCUUCAAUCCCAUGUUCGGCCUGGAGCAAAUUCCCCAGAUUCGACCGAAAAAGACUUGGAAACUGCCAAUGUUGGAAAUGCCACGCAAGCCGGUGUGCAAAAUAUCGAGGCCGUCUCAAUGACCUGGACGACCUGGUCCUUGGUGAUGGCAUAUAUAGGCAUAUUUCUCAUCUCCUUCACAACUUCACUUGAAGGACAGGUGGUGGCUUCACUGGCUGUUUUUGCUACAAGCUCAUUCAAUGACCACUCUUUAAUUUCAACAGUAUUGGUGAUCCAAAAUGUCGUCAAUGCCGUCAUCAAAGCCCCCAUGGCCAAAAGCGCCGAUGUUUUUGGUCGACUCGAAGCCUUCUCCGUUUCAAUCUUCCUCGCGGUCCUCGGCGGUGUUACAAUGGCCACCUCCACCAACGUCCGAACCUAUGCCGCAGCGCAAAUCUUCUACGCAGCUGGUUCUACCGGUCUCCAAAUCCUCCAGCAGAUUUUCAUCGCCGAUACAACUGAUCUCCUCAAUCGUGCUUUAUGGUCUAGUCUCCCGCAGAUUCCUUUCCUGAUCACCGUAUGGAUUGGAGCACCGAUCGGAGACAAGAUCUUAAAAACUACAACUUGGAGAUGGGGUUAUGGUAUUUGGUGUAUUAUUUUACCAGUCGUCUUUUUACCAUUGGCAAUGUCUCUAUUCCUCAACAACAGGAAAGCAAAGAGAGCUGGCCUUACUGCCCCAUCCCCCUUGAAAGGAUUAGGCCCGAUUUCAAUCAUGAAAACUCUGUGGAAUGAUUUGGAUAUCGGUGGCAUGAUUUUGUUAAGUGCCGCUUUUGCCCUCAUCUUGAUCCCACUUACCAUUGCAUCGAAAGCCGCAGAUGGAUGGUCUAGCCCAGAUAUCAUCGCAAUGAUUGUUCUCGGAGUGGUCUGUCUCCUGACCUUCCCAGUUUGGGAAUCCAUCAAGAAAGUUGCACCCCAUCCACUCAUUCCCCUUGGUCUCCUCAAAUCCCGCACAUUUUGUGCAGGAUGUGGCAUUGGGUUUUUCUACUUUAUGGCUUUUUUCCUCUCAGUCCAACCAUACUUCUACUCCUAUCUUCUCGUAGUCCAAGGCCUAUCCAUCCCCGCCGCAGGUCACGUCACCCAAGUAUUCUCCUUCACAGCAACCAUCUCAUCCGUCAUCGUCUCCCUCCUCAUCAAAUACACCAAAUUCUACAAACCCUACAUAACCAUCGGCGCCCUCAUCUACCUCAUGGGAAUCGGCCUCAUGUACCACUACCGUCAAGAAAACUCCUCCAUCGCCCAAAUCAUCGGCACCCAAAUCGCAGUUGGUAUCGGCGGCGGCAUGCUCAACGUCCCCGCCCAACUCGCCGUCCAAGCUUCAGUCCCCAGCCAUCAAAAUGUCGCGGUCGCUACAGCAGUCUAUCUCACCUGUGUGGAAAUGGGCGGAGCAGUCGGAAGCGCUAUUGCGGGUGUGAUUUGGGGCCAUGAAAUCCCAAAGAAGUUGGCGGAAUAUUCAAACAUCAUCGAUAGUCAGGCCGUCUAUAAUAGUAUUAAUAAUGCGCUGGCGUAUCCAAUGGGAAGUGAGGAGAGAAUGGCGAUUAAUCGCGCGUAUCAGGAGACGAUGCAUAAGUUGCUUUUGGUGGCGCUUUGUGUUAGUGCGCCGGUGGUGGUGCUGUCGUUGGUGGUUAGGAAUGAUAGGUUGGGGGCGGGGAAGGAUGAUAAUGUUAAGGGGAGGGUUAUUGGAGGGAAGGUGGAGGUAAGGGGGAAGGAGUGA